GGUUUGGGUUCUUCAUUCACAGAUUUUUUUUUACAACAAAAUGGCCAAACACGUCCACGGAAUAGUUGGAAGUAUCUACAGGGACACCCUCCCUAUACCAGAGGAGACACCAAAGGUCAAAGGUUAUGACUUUAACCAGGGGGUGAACCACAAAGCGCUGCUGCAGUCGUACCUCAACACCGGCCUGCAGGCCACCAAUGUGGGGCUGGCUAUCCAGCAGAUCAACAGCAUGAUCGAGAGGCGAUUAACACCUGUGAAGGUGAAGACAGGAUGUGUGGACGAAGAUCCAUCGACCUGCCCCUGCCUCAGGAGCUGCACCAUCUUCCUUGGCUACACCUCAAACCUCAUCAGCAGCGGAGUCAGGGAGAGUAUCCGCUACGUCGUGGAACACAGCAUGGUGGAUGUUAUAGUGACCACAGCCGGCGGCAUAGAGGAGGAUCUGAUCAAGUGUCUGGGUCCGGUUUAUGUUGGAGACUUCUGCAUGUCUGGAAAAGAUCUGUACAAAAAAGGUCUGAACAGAAAUGGAAACACUCUGAUCCCGGAAGAAAACUACAUAAAAUUCGACAACUGGAUGAUGCCGAUCUUGAGGCAGAUGCUGCUGGAGCAGAACACUCAGGGUGUUCGCUGGACUCCAUCGAAGGUGAUUCAUCGUUUGGGCAAAGAGAUCAACAACCCUGAGUCUGUUUGUUACUGGGCCUACAAGAAUAACAUCCCGGUGUUCAGCCCCGCGCUGACAGACGGCGCCUUAGGAGACAUGUUCUUCCUCUUCGCAGAGAAGAACCCCGGCUUGAUCAUAGACUUAGUCGAAGAUAUUUCAAAGCUGAACAAACUCUCGCUGGCUGCCAACAGCUCGGGGAUAAUCACCCUGGGAGGAGGUGUAGCCAAACAUCACAUAUGUAACCUUACAUGGAGGAAUGGAGCGGAUUUUGCGGUGUACGUCAACACGGCUCAGGAGUACGACGGCUGUGACUCAGGAGCCAGCCCGAAUGAGGCCGUGUCCUGGGGCAAGAUCACAGCCGAAGCGAAACCUGUGAAGGUGUUUGCAGAUGCUUCCAUCAUUUUUCCGUUACUGGUGGCCGAGACGUUUGCAGUUCACGCUGACAAGAUGACAAAUUGAUCGACGAAUUUAACCCUUUGUUGAAAUACCACAAAGUGCAGAAUUUUUUUUCCAAACAAACGUGUUCGUACAUUUUGACAAAGCAAAAAGAAAGCUGUAUUAAAAACUGAGUGGGAAGGAGAUUGUUUGAAAUUUAUUUGAAAAGCAUCCAAAACACACACACACACACACACACACACACACACACACACACACACACACUAUUUCAGUUGAUGGAUUUGAGUAGGUGCCUUGCUCAAGGGUUCCUUGGCAGUGCUCAGGCGGUUAACUGGUACCUCUCCAGCUACCAGACUAAUUUCCAGACUUCAAUCCAAAACAAUCCAAAACAAUGCAUUUACAUAAUGAAAAAUGAAAGAUUCAGAGUCAACACGUUGUCUAAUAAGUGUACAAAUGUCUUGCCAAAAGACACAGGAGUGGUUUCACAGUGUGCUUCAUGGAUGUAUUAUUAUUAGGGCCCGAAGCACUGACAAGUGCGUAGGACCCUCUUGAAACCCUAGGAAUUAUUAUUUUUCUUCUUCCUCCACUUUAAAUGCGAUUUUGAGGGCCUGAACAUGCGCGAAAACUCACCAAACUUUCCACGGUCAUCAGGUCUCGCAAAAAAUUUGGUUUUGUAA